AUGGGCUGCUGCUGUUGUUGUGGCUCCAGUGCUCCACGGGUGCUGCCCGAAGAGAAAUCGGAGCAAAGCGAGGCAGAUCUGUUUGCAGAGUUGUUGAAGGAGGAGCUUGGCCCAGGCAACAAGCACGGAUGGCAAAUAAAGAGUGACUGGCCAAAGAGCUACGACAAGAAGCAGUUCAUGAUGCGCGUGUCCUUGCGAGAUCACCAUGAAACAGGCAAUCCGAACAAGCUCCUCCGCGGCGAUGGCAAGUACAAGGGCGUGACGCCGGAGGAUUUCUUAGGCUUCCUUCUGAAGCCGGAUUUGCCCGGGUUGAAGGAGUGGGUCGAUGUCGAGACCCUGCCGGAUGGCUUCAUCAAGUACUGCCGCGUGAAGGCUCCCUGCUUGGCAGCCCGCGACCAUUGCUGGAAGUACACCAUCGACCGGCGAGAGGAUGGUAGCAUCUUCGUCUGCAUUCGGACGACGACGCAUCCAAAGUGCCCGGAGAAGCCGGGCGUCAUCCGCGCAUACUACUACAACAGCUCCGUCUUCAAGAUGAGUGACACUGAGGAGGGCGUGAUGGAAAUGACGGAGUUCAUCUUCCAGGAUCUCGGAGGGGGCUUACCUCCGUCGCUGAUGAACGCCGCCCUCCCGAAGGGCACUCUAGAAGCCAACAAGAAGGAGAUGAAGGUCCUCUUGGAGAAGAAGAAGGGCUCCGAAUAG